AUGUCAUCCCAUCUUUCACCGGUCCUAUUCGAUUCAUCAGCUGCUCGUAUCAGCAUCUUUCAAAUCUCCAACUCACUAGGCACCGAAUUGCUGGAUGAUUACAUCGGACUCGUAGCGAACCAGAAACUCCGGACUGAAUUAUUCGUCUUGUCGUUUUUGCUUAAAGAUCGGGUUUAUCCUGCUGAUCUUUGGGAAUUAAUUGGAGAGCGCAGUAUUGAAACGAAGCAGGAGGAAACGUUACGAUUGCACCAGAGUUCUUGUCUUGGUGGAGAUGAUAGAAGUCAUGCGAUCGUGGAACGGAUUCUUAUAGAGGAGAGGAGGAAAAGGUGUCAGAUAGAGGUUUCUUUGUAUAGCCAGGCUAUCGAGCGCCUUGAGCAAUACCGGACGCCAUUACCAUGUAUCAGCGAUACAGCCAUGCAUAGGAUCGGGAUGCCAUUGUCGAAGAAAGAGGUUACACCUUUAGCCUGUUCGAUAGCUACGCAAGAGAAGUGUGAAGCUUGGUUAAGUAGGAACGAAGCCCACCUCAUUCUAGCUGCAGAACCUUUCAUUGAAACUUUCUCCUCUUUGGACGACCCUACUUCAGCACAGAGUCGCUUAACCACCGCGCAGGAAGAAAUACCAAAAUCCACCAUUUUGAACCACAUCACCCCUUCGUUACCCCUGUUGAGCACGUGGGUCACCACUAGAGCUCAAGAAGCCUUUUACGAGGCGUUUAAAAUAGAACAGACUAGUCAGGCGGAACUGAUGGCGAAGUCGCUUGCGAACGAGUGCGACAGCGGCUAUAUGCGCACUAGCGAGCGGGAUUCGUUCACCUUGCAAGCAAAAAUGCGCCGAGCCAAAGCUGAGAUGGAAUUAUAUACCCUUGCGAUCGACAAUACCCAUGAAUUCAAUUUCUCCGAGAAUAGUUCGUCGACGUCCUCUGAUCAACGCAUUUCGCGGCCUCUGAAAGUGUAUUGCAAUGAGAAGGACGUCGACGAUGACACGGACGAGGACUACAAAUUUUGGUAA